AUGAAGUGUAGAGCAGUUCACAUUCGUAGAAGAAAGAGAUUUAUGGUUAAUGUGAGCUCUAGGAAGCUCAUGAGCCGUCUCCGGCGGAUGGUUGCUCCGGAAAAGAGUUUUUCCGGCGAGAUUGACGGUGACACACUAUACCGGCUCACGGCUGAUCACAUUUUCCUACUCAAAGCAAGAAUCCAACUUCUUCGUCGUGUUUCUUCUCUAUGUGGUCUCUAG